AUGCCAUCCUCGCCGCCGCCUCUACGCCGUCUCAAUAGCUCUUGUAUCUUUGAACGAAGUGUCGAAGAACCCUUUCCAUUCGAAGAUGUCCUACCUCAAGCUGCUCUGCCACAGAACAACGACUCUCAGCCUAUUCUACCACAAACCAAUCCACAGAUCACUAGCUCUCCAAGCAAUGCACAAAUCAACCCUCAACCCAUCCCAUUAAGUUUAUCACAGCCACCACCUUCCCAAAACGCCUCCCAUCGCCGUACUCGUGAAGACCUCGUGGCCCCUGCUCUUGAUGCUGGAUGUUCUCUUGUCACAGAUGACGCUACACAUCUGCAUGAUGUAGAUAUGGUCUAUCCGAAACGGCCGUCAAUCUUGGGUCUCAACAUGGCUCUAAGUGCCUCCAAUAUCCAUUCGCCAUCCCAAUCCACUUGCACCUCCCCUGAUUCAUCACCCAUACCUUUUGGAAGAAUCAAAUCAUACUCGUUCUCGAACCAUUCUCUAAGCCCCACUUUGUCUAGUGCAAACAUAGAUCCAAUGCUCUCCAGCCCAAACCCAAACAACAACAACUCUUCCAUACUCCCCAAUAACCCUGCGUUGCUAUCGGAUUCAGUUGUCUUGUCUACUCAGAGACCUUCGAACUUUUUGUCUACUUCCCCCCUAUCAUUACCAUCCACAUCUCCAAAGACUUUGAAAUUCUUAUCUUAUGCUGAUGUGUUAUCAGACGAGUUGGCCGACACCGUGCCAUCUCAUUUCCCCCCUACAAAUUAUCAUUACGAUAUGAAAAGACCUUCUUUACCUCAUUCUCUUUCUACAAGUUAUAUCAAAGUAGUCCCACAAUCGCAUACUACCCCAAGCACAAGCCCCACUUCUAAUGCCAUUCAAAUGAAUAGGUUCCCUCAUUACGAGAAUUUAAGGAAAAAUAAUAACAUCACAUCAAGAAGGGGCAAAUUCCAUAUCGGCUCUACAAGUAGUGCUGAGGAGGAUUCUACUGCAAGUGCUGUGGAUUCAAGUGCCAUCGACGAUUCUUCAGAUGAAGAUAUCGCUCCACUUCAUACUAAUCACAGAAGAGUAUUAACUUCACCUCCAUUGACUCUAUCCAACAAUCAUCCUUCUAAUUUAUCUCAUUUGAAAAGAAUUUUGAAAAACGUAGCAACUACAAAUACAAGCGCUAGUGAAAGCCCUACUACAGAUACAAGCAAAAAUAACAGUAUUACCACUCUGACAAACGACGAAGCACCAUGA